GUUGAAUCUCCGUCGGACAUUUUAUGACUCCCGAGCAUGGACUCUAACUCUCCAGUGUAUUAUAAGAUGCUGGCUGCCUGCCCUCAAUCCAUCUCAUCAUGCUUGCCAUCUGACUACCUUUCUGGACAACCAUACAGUUCGCCAAUCCACUGAUACUGUCUGCUUUUGAAGAUGGCGUUGGACAAUAAACAAACAGGUUCCCCUACCAUGCAGGACCAAUCGUCCAGAGAAGCUUCCCCAGAACGACACUCCAUAGAGAAGCCCCAGUCGAUUCACGAGAACUACGGGGUACAGCGAGCGUCUUCAGACAUCGACGAGAAGAAAUUAGCGCCCGUCCAGUCUGCUCAACCAGUAUACCCAGGAUGGAAGACACUGCUGCCAAUUAUAGUCUCAAUUUACAUGACUUUCUUUCUCAUCGCUUUAGACAAGACGAUCAUUGGUGUUGCUAUACCCAAAAUCACAGAUCAAUUCGAUAGUUUGAACGACAUCGGUUGGUAUGGCAGCUCGUACCUAUUGACCACGGCUGCCACUCAACUGGUCUUCGGCAAGAUCUACCAGUUCUACUCUCCCAAAACCGUAUAUCUCAUCUGUAUCGUCGUCUUCGAGCUUGGCUCGGCAAUUUCUGGAGCCGCACCGAAUUCAGGAGCUCUCAUCGCCGGUCGAGCAAUUUCAGGCCUGGGAGCCUCAGGCAUGCAGAACGGGUCUGUUAUCAUUUUCAUGCACAUCGUACCGCUCCACCGUCAACCCAUCUUCCAGGGCCUCAUGGGCAUGGUCUUCGGAAUCUCGAGUGUCCUGGGCCCUCUCCUCGGUGGCGUCUUCACAGACCAUUUGUCAUGGCGAUGGUGCUUCUACAUUAACCUUCCCAUUGGUGGCGUUGCAUUCGUCGUCAUCUUCUUCAUUAUGAAGCUUGACAUUCAACGCCCGGCAAAGCUCACCAUUCCGCAGCAACUCCUCAAGCUCGACCCCAUUGGCAACGCAUUCUUCGUUCCCGGUAUCGUCUGUCUCCUCCUCGCCCUACAAUGGGGCGGUGGCUCAUACCCGUGGUCCAACCCACGCAUCAUCGCUUUACUUGUCCUUGCCCCGAUCCUCCUCAUCACUUUUAUCGUCUCCCAAUGCAUCCUCGGCGAACGUGCCAUGGUACCUCUACGCAUCGUUCGCCAACGUUCAAUUGCCGCAUCCACUCUCUUCGCAUUCUGUGUUGGCGGUCUUAUGAUUGUCGUCAUAUACUACCUACCUCUCUGGUUCCAAGCCAUUAAGGGCGCAUCUGCUCAGAAGUCCGGCUUCAUGCAAAUCCCCACCAUACUCUCCAUGGUCGUGGCAUCUGUUCUCGGUGGCGUCGCAAUCAAGAAUAUCGGCUACUAUGCGCCAUUCAUGAUUGCAACAUCCGUGCUUACAGCCAUCGGUGCUGGGCUAUUGUCAACGCUCAAUCCCGCUUCGGGGCAUCCGCAGUGGAUCGGAUACCAAUUCAUCUUCGGUUUUGGACUUGGCCUCGGUAUGCAGCAGAGCGCGACCGCAGUGCGAGCCAGUCUAUCCAAGAAGGAUGUCAGUAUUGGCGUGGCGUGUGUAUUCUUCUGCAUGACGCUGGGACAAGCACUCUUCCUCGCAGUUGCACAGAGUAUCUUCCAGUCUCAAUUCAGAUCAAAAUUGAGUGCCAUGACUGGUUUUGAUGUCGCAGCAGUUAUCGGCAGUGGAGCAACAGAAUUCCGACAAAUCGUGCCAGUGCAGAAAUUGCCGGCAGUGCUUGAAGCGUAUAGCGAAAGUGUGACGAACACUUUUUAUAUUCCAGUAGCGGUGGCGUGUUUGAGUAUUGUUGGGAGUGGGUGUGUGGAAUGGAAGAAUAUCAAGCUAGCAGAGAAGCCGAAGGAGGCUAAGGGAAUGGCGGAGGCUUGAUAUGAACUAAAGGCUGCAUUGUAGGCGUUGGCUGUAGCAUAUACUGACUCCACUCAUUUGAGUAAUAUGCUGAUAUGCAUUAAUACAUGAUUGAUGACCA